AUGGGAAAGAAAUUUAAUCAUUUAGAAAUAUUUCCUAGUAACCCAAUGCUUAUGUGUAUUUGUGGAAGCUCAGGUUCUGGGAAAACUUAUUUGACAUUUAACAUGUUGACAACACCAAAACUUUUAGAUUUCGAUUCAUUAUAUAUCUACACAACAACACCAGAGCAAUCAUAUUAUCAAUUCCCCAAAGCUUUAGAAUAUAUACCAAAGAAAGACGUUCAAGACAUAUUUCAAUAUUAUGAAGACAAUGAAGAGAUAGAAAUCAAAAGAUAUCUUAGAUACAUAUAUAAAAGAAAAGAAUCCAUCUUUCAAUCCAACAGACAUAAAAGUUUUUCUUUUUCAAAAAUUGAGCGAAAGAACUUAAUAGUGUUUGACGACUGUGUAGCACAAAGAAAUCAAGCUGUUCAACAAGAAUUCUUCACGAAAGGAAGACAUCACAACUGUCACUGUAUUUACCAAUCCCAAUCUUUCUACAGAAUGGGUGCAAUAUUCAUUAGAAAAAAUGCAAAUUGUUUUUUAUUAUUUGAAUUAAACGACAAAGAUUUUUCUCAAAUCAUUCAGUCGAUAAAUCACGGAAUGGACAGGGAUACAUUUAAAAAGGAUUGUAAAUCACAAUGGAGAAACCAAGUUGAUCAUGGAUAUACAUUCGUUAAUACUAGAAACCCUGCGGGUGAAAGAGUUAUAACAGAUAUAUGUUAA